AUGAUCAAGGCAAAAGUGGCAGAUGGCUGCCUCCAUGGCAUCAAAAUCACGCGAAGGGCACCUUGUGUCUCACAUCUUUUCUUCGCCGAUGAUAGCAUACUCCUAGCUAGAGCAACAAUGGAAGAAGCCAAAACUCUCCAUGGAAUCCUCACGGAUUAUGAGACUUUCUCGGGUCAGAGAAUCAACUUGGACAAAUGCGAACUUUCCCUAAGCCGCAACGUGCCUAGUGUCCGUGCAAAUGAGCUUGAAUGCUUGCUUGGUGUUAAGGCAGUGGAAAGGCAUGAAAAGUACUUGGGUUUACCUACCUUUGUGGGUAGAUCAAAACCUCAAGUCUUUAGCUUUGUCCGGGAGAGGAUUUGGAAGAAACUCAAGGGAUGGAAAGAAAAGGCUCUCUCAAGAUUGGGAAGGGAAGUUCUAAUAAAGUCCACAGCACAAGCAAUUCCAACGUAUGUUAUAUGA